UUCGGUGUCCCGUCUAUAAUCGGAACGAUAUUCUUGCCUCAGUGUGUUGUUUCCACCGUCAUUUCCUUCGCUGGAAUUAAAAAUCCUUUCUUUGCCUUUCCCUCUUUAAUUUUAUGAAUCAGAAAUCCUGAACAGAAUUCCCAUUUUCUUCUCUCCAGAUAUCACAUUGAUGUUCAGCGCCUGUUUUCUGGGUUUCGCUUCUCAUCUUUUCCUCUGAGUUUGGACUUUUUAUUCUGAUUUAUGGCCUUGUAGCAGAGAUUAGAGCUCUUCCGAGCGUUGUAAUGGCGCUAGAGUUUUGAUCUUCUUUUGCUACAAAUUUUGAAAUCCACAUUUCUUUCAUCAUUUCUUGUUAGACCAUUAUUAGGAGGACGAUUUUUUACUUUUUUAAUUUUUGCAGCCUCUCUUUACCUAAUCCUAAUCCUAAGUAAGCAUUCAUUAAGGUCUGCGUAGAGACCAUUUCAUGGUUUCAUAUCGGUAGAAUUUUUCUUAUUUGACAAGGUCCUUCCGACGCAAUUUUGCUUCUGUCUCAAUCCCUCAACCCUCUCUCGCUCGCUCGCUCGCUCCCUCCCUCUUUCUCACACUCUCUGUCCUUUUUUCUUGAUUUAUCAUUGUACCGCUCAGGAAAAUGUAUGGAACUCAAAGCAAAAUAGACCUCGCACUGGAAUACCAAGCCCAAAUUCCAGUUCUGAGGCCUAGCAUCCAUUCCAGAAGGGCAAAUCUCACUGUAAAAUUCCAAGACCUUUAUGGGUUCACUGUAGAAGGGAAUGUAGAUGAUGUCAAUGUGUUAAACGAGGUGAGAGAGAAGGUGAGAGAAAGGAAUCGAGUAUGGUGGGCAUUGGAAGCUAGCAAAGGUGCAAAUUGGUAUUUGCAUUGUGCUUUAGGCGAGGGGGGCACCGGCAGUGCCCUCAAGUCUUCCUUGAAACUUUCUGCACUCACAAAUGCCAUCACCCUGAAGAAGUUAAUUAGGCAAGGAAUCCCUCCGGUUCUUCGGCCUAAGGUCUGGUUUUCCUUGUCAGGGGCGGCUAAGAAGAAGUCUACGGUACCUGAGAGCUAUUAUGAUGAUCUAACAAAGGCCACGGAGGGCAAGGUCACUGCAGCUACUCGACAAAUAGAUCAAGACCUACCGCGGACCUUCCCUGGUCACCCAUGGUUGGACACACCAGAGGGGCAUGCUGCUCUUAGGCGAGUUCUUGUUGGCUACUCUUUCCGUGAUUCUGAUGUAGGGUAUUGUCAGGGGUUGAACUAUGUUGCAGCAUUGUUGUUACUUGUCAUGAAGACUGAGGAAGAGGCGUUCUGGAUGCUAGCUGUCCUGUUGGAAAAUGUCUUGGUUAAUGACUGCUACACAAAUAACUUAUCAGGAUGCCAUGUUGAACAAAGAGUGUUCAAAGACUUACUAGCUAAGAAAUGCCCAAGGAUAGCAAGUCAUCUAGAAUCUAUGGACUUUGAUGUCUCCCUUGUUGCCACUGAGUGGUUCCUUUGCCUCUUUUCAAAGAGCUUGCCGUCAGAGACAACGCUGCGAGUUUGGGAUGUCCUUUUCUAUGAGGGGGCCAAAGUUAUAUUUAAUGUGGCUUUGGCAAUCUUCAAGAUGAAGGAAGGUGAGUUGCUUCUAACUCGUCAUGUAGGUGAAGUAAUAAAUAUUCUGCAGAGGACCACUCAUCACCUAUUUGAUCCUGAUGAUUUGCUGACAGUGGCAUUUGAGAAGAUAGGCUCAAUGACAAGCAACACAAUAUCAAAGCAAAGGAAGAAACAGGAACCUGAAGUGAUGAAGGAACUCGAUGAGAGGUUCAGACGCCUAAAUUCACUUAAAAGCUGAUAUAACACUCAUUCAAUCCUUCUCUUAAAAAGCAAAAUAUGUUAAGAACAAACCAUCCUAUCUAGUAGGUAUUUUCUGCUGCCACCAGCAGAAUGUGAAGCUUAAGGCCUUUUAUUUUCCUUUUUCCCUUUUUCCUUUUAAUUUUUUUUUUUUUAAAGUUGAUUGUACUCUGCUGAUGGCUAGUGUAAAAAGAUGCAGUGGAUACGUCUAAAUUAUAAUGCAAUUCAAAUGAGGGCAUUGUGGAAUUUCAUUGCCCACCUUUUGAUUUA